AUGUGCAAUGUCGUUGAAAUCGUUCCAGAUAAUCCUAUUGUCAUCAUGCGUUGGGAUGGAUAUCAACCGGAAUUACCAGCAAUCAUGUUAAAUUCACAUAUGGACGUAGUACCAGUAGUCGAAGAAAAAUGGUCAUAUCCUCCAUUCAGUGGUACAAUUACACCUGAUGGUAAAAUAUACGGUCGAGGUACUCAGGAUAUGAAAUCAAUUGGUAUCCAACAGUUGGAGGCUAUUCGACGAUUAAAAUCACGUGGAUGCAACCAGUUGCGUCGUACAGUUUACUUGACUUUUGUACCUGACGAGGAGUUAGGUGGUGUGAAAGGAAUGAAACCAUUUGUAUUGAAUCAUAAUGAAUGUAAUAAUCAUCAUUCCGAAGAAGUUAGAUUUCAAGAUAUGAAUAUUGGGCUUUGUUUAGAUGAAGGUAUACCAAGUUGUUCAGAGGAUUAUUUAGCAUUUUACGACGAACGUCGUCCAGUUUGGAUAAAUGUACAUUUUCAUGGUAAUGCUGGUCAUGGUCUGGCUUUAAUUGAAAAUACGGCCGCUGAAAAAUUCCGGAUAUUUUUAAAUAGGUAA